CAUCGGUCCUCGGCUCGCUCCGCCGCUCGCCGCUGCCGGGCGCGCUUCCCCCGGCUCCGCCGGCACCUGCGGGCGCCCAUGGAACAGCGGGGCGAGCGCUGCCCCACGGCCCCGCGCCCCGGCGCGAAGUUUCUGCUUGAGAAAUACACAUUCACUCAGCAAAACAAAAACAACUUUUAAAGGUUGUUCUCGGUGGAAAUCGCUCUAUGCCCAAUUACCUGCUUGAGUGAAACCAGACUAAGAACUUCUGUCAUGGCAGCUUUUCUGCUGGGAGCUGUGUUGCUUAUUGUUCAGCCUCAGAUAGUGCCUUCCAGACCAGCUAUAAAUUCAAAUGCUGAGACUUCUUCUCAGUCUGUUCAGAGAGAGCUUUUAAAGAAAACAUCUCAGAAAAAUGACUUCAAGGAAAACAUUCAUUCUAAUGGAUCAUGUCAGCAGCUGCCACAGACUAUUAUUAUUGGAGUGAGAAAAGGUGGAACAAGAGCUUUGUUAGAGAUGUUGAGUCUCCAUCCAGAUAUUGCAGCAGCAGAAAGUGAAGUUCACUUCUUUGACUGGGAAGAUCAUUACAGAAAUGGAUUGCAAUGGUAUAUUAAUCAAAUGCCAUUCUCUUAUCCCCAUCAGAUCACCGUGGAAAAAACUCCAGCAUAUUUCACAUCACCUAAAGUGCCUGAAAGAGUUUAUAACAUGAACCAGUCAAUGAGACUACUCCUCAUUUUAAGAGACCCAAGUGAAAGAGUACUAUCAGAUUACACCCAAGUGUUCUACAAUCACAUGCAGAAGCACAAGCCGUAUCCAUCCAUCGAACAAUUCCUGAUUAAAGAUGGUGAACUCAAUGUGGACUACAAGGCAAUAAACAGAAGCUUGUACUACAUUCACAUGCAGAACUGGCUGAAGUAUUUUCCUCUUGAUCAUAUCCACAUUGUAGAUGGGGAUAAAUUGAUCAAAGAUCCCUUCCCAGAAAUAGAAAAGGUAGAGAGAUUUUUGAAGUUGUCACCACAGAUAAAUGCUUCAAACUUUUAUUUCAAUAAAACUAAAGGCUUCUACUGCCUAAGGGACAGUGGUAGAGAGCGCUGUUUACAUGAGUCAAAAGGACGAGCACACCCACAAGUAGAUACCCGGUUACUCGAGAAACUGCAUGAAUAUUUCCAUGAACCCAACAAGAAAUUUUUUGAGCUUGUGGGCAGGACAUUUGACUGGCACUCAUUUGUGGCGAGUUAGUGGUAAGCUUCAGAACCUAUGUUCCAGUGUACAGUUAGAAAAAUUAAAAAGGGCAUUUAAAGUAUAAUUUAUUUGUAAAAUCCAUAAAUACUUCUGUACAGUAUUAGAUUCACAAUUGCCAUAUAUACUAGUUAUAUUUUUCUACUUGUUAAAUUUGAAAACAUUUUGUAUUGUUUUUCAUGGUUGUUAACAUUGUGUAUGAUGUGUCUGUAUGAAGAAACUAAAUUAUUUCAUUGCAGAA